UCCAUUUGGUGGCGGUAUAAUACAUCUAAAGUGGUUUGCCAACCGCCAACUAAGGGGAAGAAGAAAAAGACGACGAAGAAGAAAAAGACGACGAAGAAGAAAAAGAAGAACAAUACGAAAGGAGACGCAUAGAACCACAGCUAAUCUUUCUUAACAACAACGAUGCAGUUGGCUUUAAGUAAAACAUUUGGUCAGAAGCCAGUUAAAUUUCAGUUGGAGCAGGAUGGCGACUUUUACAUGGUUGGUUCGGAGGUGGGAAACUAUUUACGUAUGUUUAGAGGCUCCUUAUACAAAAGAUAUCCAUCAUUAUGGAGGAGGUUGGCCUCUGUGGAGGAGAGGAAGAAAAUUGUGGCGUCAUCACAUGCCACCAGUGUUACGCUGCUGAAGGCGUCAGAGUGUGAAGAGAUCUUUGAAGGCAAUGAUGAGAAAUACAAGGCAGUGUCCAUCAGCACGGAGCCCCCGCUGUACCUGAGGGAGCAGAAAGCAAAGAGAAGCAGUCAGUGGGUGCCUACGCUACCAAACAGCUCCCACCAUUUAGAUGCAGUGCCUUGUUCCACGACCAUCAACCGCAACCGCAUGGGUCGGGACAAGAGGAGGACCUUCCCACUGUGCUUUGAUGAUCAUGAUCCUGCAGUGAUCCAUGAGAAUGCUGCCCAGAUAGAGGUGUUGGUACCCAUACGCCUUGACAUGGAGAUAGACGGGCAAAAACUCAGAGAUGCCUUCACGUGGAACAUGAAUGAAAAACUGAUGACCCCAGAGAUGUUUGCAGAGAUUUUGUGUGAUGACUUGGACUUGAAUCCUCUGGCCUUUGUCCCUGCCAUCACAUCAGCCAUACGUCAACAGAUAGAGUCGUACCCGACUGAUAGCCUAUUAGAGGAGCAGGCAGACCAGAGAGUCAUUAUCAAGCUCAACAUUCACGUAGGAAACAUCUCUCUGGUAGACCAGUUUGAAUGGGACAUGUCAGAACGUGAAAACUCUCCUGAGUCGUUUGCACUGAAGCUAUGCUCUGAACUCGGUCUUGGGGGAGAAUUUGUUACCACGAUCGCCUACAGCAUUCGGGGACAGCUCAGCUGGCACCAAAGAACGUAUGCCUUCAGUGAGAACCCGCUUCCCACUGUCGAGAUUGCCAUCCGUAACACAGGCGACGCCGACCAGUGGUGCCCCCUUCUAGAGACACUCACAGAUGCUGAAAUGGAGAAGAAGAUCCGAGAUCAAGACAGGAACACAAGACGUAUGAGACGACUGGCCAACACUGCUCCAUCUUGGUAAGGCAAGAAAGCACACCUGAUGAUCUCCUUCAUUGACCAGACGUUUGAGGAUGCUCAACCAUGAAUACCCCAGAAGUGGUUUUUUUGUGUUGUUUUUUCAAUCAUGAACAUAUUCACCUGUAGUCUGUGACUGGAACAUAUGCGCACAGCCAAACAAAUCAGCUUACACUUUUUUUUCAUGCCACAUUACAUUUCAAUUGAUGAUGCAAUCAACCUUCAUGUUUAUUUCUCUCUGAUAAUGAAGAUACCCCAAAUCAAUGUAUGAAAUCACUUGACCUUCUUUCAUCUUUACAAUUUGUCUAAGAAGAAGAUGAUAAUGAAUACAUGGUUUUUAAAAGUGCUUCUUUAAACACCUUUUAAUUUGGGAAAUCAAUAACUCUGUUACCUCAAAUGUCAGACAUAUAUUAAACACCUCACUAAGAUCAAGUUCUUCAAUAAGAAGUAGUUAUAAAUAGUUGAUGUUUCAAAUUCACUCAUCCAACCCUCUCGGGAUAUACUAUUUUAAUUAUUUAAGCAAAACAGGACAAAAAGUCCUUAAGAUUUUGAAGGGUGUUAAACAUUUUUUGUUUCCUUUGUUUGCUCACAUUUCUCAAACUUCAGACCUAAACAAAAAUAUCAAACAUGUAAUACUUUUUUUUUUACCCUUUUGAAGACCUUUUGAUCAAAUAAUGUCAGUUUUAAAUUAGUAAAAUAACUAAUUUUAUGCAAAUGUGUACUAUUUAAAAACUGUGGCAUAAUUUAAUCAAAAUACCUUCUAACGGUUACAACAGUGAUGAGUAAAUGACACUUUACUGAUUAUAUGGCACACUCACUAGCUGUAUUUACACUCCGCUGAUACUGUGUUAAGUGUUUCAUAAUGGUCAAUUGACAUCUACUGGAUUCAAAAAGUAAUUACAUUUGACCUGCAAAUACAAUUAAUUGUUAGCAAAUGACAAUAGCUGCACAAAAAUGCAAACAGGUGCAGCUUUGUUCAAUGACCCAAACAGUAUAGGGGCGGGGGGGCAUUUACCCUAUUUGGCGCUAUUAGAUCGAAAUGAUUCCAGACUUCGGAAUGUUUGCCUUUCCUUAGUUACAUUUAGAUGGAUGGUGGUGACGAAAACCAACGUCAACAAGGCACGCCACUCAUCCAACUUCUUUUAAUACAAGCGGUCACUUGUGAGCCGAAAGACGCGCUUCCUGAUAAACUCAGUUUAUUGCUUCAUAGUCAAACGACACCUGUAUCUAUCAGGCCUUUUUUUUCCUUAAAGUGACACACGCAUUGAGGGACACAGUAUCACUCCUGGUGUAUCAUGAGACAACAAUGCUCUGCUAUCGUUUGACCCUUGACUAGGUUUAAAUUUAAAAAAGUAAAACAUUUUUACAUGUUUGGUAUUUUUUUAGGGUUGAAAUUGAGAGAUUUGAUCAAAAAGGUCAACAAAAAUAUGAAUCCAUAAUGGUUUUUAUGCCCUUUGAAAAAUUAAAGAUAUGAAAGACUUAUAUCGUUAGGCUUUGUUGUAUUGUGUAGUAACAACCAGUGUAUUGUACAUGGGUAAAACAAUUAUACAUCAACAAUUUAACAUUAAAAACCCUACAAAAUUCAUGUAUAAUGAAGUAACACAAACAACAAAUAAGACCACAAUACAGCAAAACUGUAUUGAUAGGACAACAAUGUAGUCAAACGAUAUUAACAAAGAUGCCAAGUCUUGAGGAAAAUAACGCAACAACAUGCUCAAAUAGUAUUUCAAAAAUAAUAUUCUAUAACAUUGUAACUUUCGACUCGUCCAGUCCAAAACUCGACAUGACUUUUUUUUCCCCGAGUCAUUCCUUCGGGAUUUACUAGAACGUUUCAGGUGAUAGUCAUGUCUCAAGAUCCUCUAAGCAAUGGUCUGACCUUUUCUUUAAGCACCUGGACACCACGUGCUUCACAGUUGCUGGGAGUUUUUUUUAUUGUUUUUUUUGUAUAUAGGUAUGUUGAGAAUUGUUUUGCUUGUAGAUUAUGGACUAUACAGUGGAAGAGCUGGUUUCAAAUUCUUAUGAUAUCCUUCCAGACACAUUUAUCAACAGUGUUCCUUCUCAAGGCCUCUGAUCUCUGAGGAGGUUGCCAGAGUGAAAUUCUCACUUUAUUGAUGAAGAGCAAAAGUAAACAUUACAUGUUGGGCUGUCUUAAGAUUCUCCUCAAAAUGUUUAGUUUUUAUUAAAUACAUUUCACAAAUACUUGAAGUGUUCCUAUCCUAAAUCAACUUUUUAAGAAUCAUGUGUAAGUUAAAAAAGCUAUACUCUUGCUUUGCAUGAUGUGGAGGUGUCAUAUCAUGAGCUUGCUUUCUUUUUAAAUGAUCCUUGCUUUCUUUUUUAUGACACUUCAAAGAAAUGUGUGAGAAGAUUUUUUGUUUUCAGGGGAGCUAAAUACCUACCUCAGUCACUGCCCCUCUGCUCUUUCCACUUCACAAACAAUUGGUUCCAUGCUGCAUUCUCCAACAUUCAUCCUAUUAUCCGUCCAUUUUCUACCGCUUGUCCCUUUUUGGAGUCGCGGGGGGUGCUGCAUUCGGGCGGAAGGCGGGGUACAUCCUGGACAAGUCGCCACCUCAUCGCAGGGCCAACACAGAUAGACAGACAACAUUCACACUCACAUUCACACACUAGGGCCAAUUAUAUCCAAUAUAAAAAUGUUUUGCUGCAAACAAUAGCACCUACACUUUAAAAAAAAUGUGGCAGCGCCGUCACCUAAAAAUGACAAUAGUACUGUUUUCCAAUUACAGUAAUGCACUGUAAGAACAACCAAUAUAUAUUUUAUGGUAAAUUACUGGCAGCUCGGUUGCCAGUAUCUUACCAUGGAAAAAAAAGUGGUACUGUUUUCUAUUUGCAUUAAUGCACUGAAAAAAAAAAACAACUCUAGAUUUUACAGUCAAAUACUGGCAGUUCAGUCACCAAAUGUUUACCAGAAAAAUAACAAUAGUACUGUUCUUCAGUAAUCUACGGCUGUAGAUGUUACUGUAGAAAGGUGUCAGCUCAGUUGCCAGAAUUUGACUGUGAAUAAUAAAAGUGCAGUUAUUUGAUUUACAGUAAUGCACUGUUAAAACGACCAUAGAUUUUACGUUUAAAAAAACUGGUAGCACAGUGAGAAUUUUAACCUAAACAUAAAAAUGGUACCGUAAAAUAUUGGCAACUGAGAUGCCAGGUUUUUUUUACCUUAAAAUCUACACUCGUUUUUGUUUUUUUAAUAGUGUAAUCAUAUGAGGGGGCAAGUUGUCAUGCAGCAUGGGGGUACGGUACUCUGAAGUAAUGAGUUGAGAAGGUCAAACCUGUGGAAGUUCAGCUCAUUUAAUCCCCCUACCAUCUCUUUUGGGGGUGGUACCUCACUUUAAGCUGCAGCCAGUGGUGACCUUCAUCCCGUCGUACACCUCCUCUGUCAUUCUGCAGACUGCUCCAACAUUUUCCCUGUACUGCUCUUUGGCCUGCCUUCUGCUGGACUCUUUCUGUAAACUGAAAUUGAUAUGCAUGCUUAAAAUCCAGUUAGCUCUGUGAAUGUUAUUCCGUUUGCAUCCUCGCAAUUGUCUGGGUUAGGGUUUAAACGCAAUUAAACGCUGACCUUUUAUGUGGAUGAGUGUUGUUGUAUGCUAAAACACAUAGUUCUACCGUACAGCGGGGGUGUCCAAACAUUUCCCAGCAGGAGCUACAUACUGAAACAUGGUUGCUUGGACCAAUGUGAUAUUCACCUUUUAAUAAAGCCAAUACAAGUGUACAUGCUAACAACUAAAAAUGUUGUUUAUCUGGUAAAUGUAUUGCGCCAAUUAAAACGGAGGUGUGGGCCGCAAAUGUCUCCUGGGUCACAUUUUGUACAUCCCUGUUUUAAGUUGUAUAUGUGUAGCAGGGGCCGGCCACUCCCUUUCAAGAUUGUUCUGGCUGCUGAGUAUAAGCCAGCUUUUAGCUUGGUGGUGGUCAGCACACUCGCCUCUCAUACGGACGACUAGGGUUUGCGUCCCCCCUACCCAAUCUUAUGAAGGUAUUUGGCCAAACCACCUGGGUUAAAUAUGUGUACAGCAGUGACGUGCGGUGAGGUUCAUGACUGGUGAGGCACUGACUUCAUCACAGUCAGAUUUACAAACAUAUGGACCCUAAAGAGUAUCUUAUUCACCAUUUGAUUGGCAGCAGUUAACAGGUUAUGUUUAAAAGCUCAUACCAGCAUUCUUCCCUGCUUGGCACUCAGCAUCA